AUGGCAACAUUAGGAGCCUCCAAGGUGGCGCUCUCCUCGAUCUCCUCUCAAGAGCUGUGGGAGCAGUCUGGGCGGUUAAAUAAGGACUCAUCCGAGGUGUUUCGAUUUGAAGAUCGAAAGGGCGCGCGCUUUCUUCUGGCUCCAACUCACGAAGAAGAGAUCACAAGCCUCGUGGCAAGAAAGUACCGCGAUGAAGCGAGGCCAAGGCAGGGCCUUCUCCGCGGACGGGAGUUCGUCAUGAAGGAUCUCUACACCUUUGACUACAGUGUUGAGAAGGCUCUCAAAACUUACCACCUCGUCAAACAUACAUAUACCAAACUCUUCGACGAGCUGAAAAUCCCGUAUCUCGUCGCUGCAGCUGAUUCCGGAAACAUGGGCGGCUCUCUGAGUCAUGAAUUCCAUUUCAUCAGCGCAAAGGGUGAGGAUCGAAUCGUCAGUUGCUCGACUUGCGAGCAUGUCUAUAAUGAGGAACUCGCAGAUGGCAAGAGCCAUAUCUCUUCAGAAGAAGCUCUGAAUCACUCGACGCCCGGCUUUCAAACAGAAGACAACACUGUAUCCGCUCAGAGUGUUUCGAGAGUUUCAACAGGAUUGUGGACAGCUAUCUCUCAGGAUGGCAAUACUCUGCUACGGUGCUGGUACCCAAAAUAUUCAAUGGAUGAUGCGUCUGCUGAGCCGGCCGAGCGUCACGUCAAUUCCCAUGCCGUGAAAGCAAUUGCGACGGCCGCUGGCAUCGAAAUUGACCUUAGUGUGGAAGACCCUCUGGCGAAAUGGCGCUCUCAUGUGAAGCUCCGCAUUCCCUCUGCAAAGCCACACAUUCUGGACUUGUACGACUCGCAAGUGCGGGUUUUCCAACGCCCGCCACUCAAUGAUCUCUUGCAGGGAACAGGAUGCACUGCUGCCGAUGUUGCGUCCAACAUGCUCGACACCUUCCCUGGAACGGCGAAGAAACUCAAUAUUCUCCGAGUGCAUGACGGUGACAAGUGCUCGCAAUGUGGGGAUGGAUUAUUGACCAGCAAUCCUGCUGUUGAACUGGGCCACACAUUUCACCUGGGCACACGCUACAGUGAAGUUCUAAAUGCCUGUGUUUCAGUCAAUCCCUCAGUCCUCGGCGACUCUGUGGACAAGGGGGCGAAGUCCACCAAAGAGGUGAUUGUUCCCAUGCAAAUGGGCUGUCACGGUAUCGGAGUUUCACGCAUGAUCUCGGCAAUUGUGAAUCGGUUGGCGGAUGAUAAAGGCCUGAAUUGGCCUCGGGCUGUUGCUCCCUACGAGGUGGUUGUGGUGCCCGCCAAGGGGCUGGACUCGGUAGCCGAACAAGUCUACGAUCAUUUGACCUCGAGUGGCAACAAAACGUCUGUUGAUACGCUUCUCGACGAUCGUGACAAAGGCAUGGGCUGGAAGCUGGGUGACGCUGAUUUGAUCGGCUACCCAGUCAUCGUGGUGAUUGGCAAUGGCUGGAAGAAACAUCAGACAUUGGAAGUGCAGUGUCGUCGCCUGAGUGUGAAACAGGAGGUGUCCCUGGAGAACCUUAUUCCUUUCGUCCAUGGGCUGCUGUCCCAGCUGUAG